UUAAAAUGUCUCGUGACUGAAGAGAUGGAACUUCACUGGGAAAAUGUUGUUGAGAUAUUCCUCUCACUGCUGGCACCGAGUUUUCAUGUUGUGCGAUAAAAAAAGAUGGAAAUGAUAGCAGAGACUUCAGAGGAAUCUGUGGUGAUGGAUGGUGGUGAAGAGAUUUGUCCAGGUCCAAUGACCAAAAAUGGAAUGACCAUGGCAAACAGAUUGGCAGAACUUAUGCUAGUAGUUGGAAUUAAUGAUGAUACUGGCUUAAUACCUCUAAAUGGCAGGGGUCUAGAGAAAAGUGGUGAAGAUUUGUUCUCAAACAUCUACUUUGAAGAGUAUGAACCCCAUGUACUAGCAGCUGUGUCAGCUACUAAAGCACUCUACUUCCAACCAUACUUCAUGGAAGAUCCAGAUUAUCCUCCAACACACCAGCCUUCACAACAAUCAUCAGCUGGAAAACAACAAGACUUAAGCAAACGAGGACAAAGGCCAAGAGCAAAGUUUGCACCCAGGGGACCAUCUGUCAGCCCAGCUGUGAUCACUCACCACCUGAAGAAGGUGGAACCAGGGAAAAUGAGUGCCUCCAUGAAAGGAGCAGACCUCCCAAUUUCAGAGGAUGUGAUUAGAUCUUUAACAACAUUUUGUUUUCCAGACAAUGUCAAGGUCUAUAGGGAGUGCCCUGAGGACAGUGUACAUUUCCUUGUGUUGACUGACAUCGCUGGAAACAAGACAUUUGCAACCUGCAUCACAUUCUACAAACCCUACAUCAUUGAGCUUGGUAGCAAGUGCAAUCUAGUGAUCACACUUGAUCUCAAGGAGUCCAGUAGUUUGAAUAGCAGAGAAGUACGUGGCUUCUUUCCCCAGUGCUGUUGUGUUGUCUCCAAGGCCCCUUAUUUUUAUGCCACAAAAGAAAUCCUUUCAUGCUUGAUUAGCCACGUGGAACAUGAUAUGGAAGAGAUGUACACUUUUGUCAAGGACUUCACCUACACUAUGACCAUGUGCCCUGUACCACCAGCUGGCAAUGUUAUCGUUGAGAUGAGCGUCUACAAUUUGUCAGUCAUGUUAUAUCCGGCAGAGUGUGCUGAGAAACCUGUGAAUGAUCUUCCAUUGCAUUUAGUCUUCUUAUGUUUCCAUGCCGAUGAUGUGCUAAGAAUACUUUCUGCAGUACUUAUGGAGCAGCGGAUCGUGUUUGUGUCCAGCAACUAUGCCCUACUAACCAUAAUAAUGGAGAGUUUCCUUUACUACAUUCUGCCAUUUCGAUGGCGGUUUACGUAUGUCCCUAUCUUGUCAGCAACUUCUCUGGAGCUACUUGAAGCACCAGGUACUUUUAUGAUGGGCUGCCACACUCGACACCUUGAUAUUGUAGCUCUGGUUGGUGGCCUUGUGGUUGUGAAUGUGGAUGAAGGAACACUGAGUGUCAACCCAGAAACCUGCCUUUCACCUCGCCGUGGCAGCAUCACCAAUAGUAACAUUAUUCCAGAUGUGCCUCAGGAAUCUGCAAACCUCUUUAAAAAGAUCUGCAAACGAGUCAGGUUUCAGCUUGAACUCUCUGACGUUCAGAGGCCAUUCUAUUAUGAUAUCGAGCAAGAGAGAAUGUUCCGGAUGAAAAAGUGUCUACAGUUCAAUGCAGAGAUCAGUUUUGCAUUUCUUGAACUGAUGGUAAACUUGUUCAGAGGUGUCAUGCCUUGUCUUCGAGUAGAAGUGAGACAGUUCAAUAAACAGAGCUUUUUGGAAAGCAUAGAAUUUACUGAUAAACCUUUCUAUGAAAAGGUAGUGACAACAGACAUGUUCAAGAUGUUCAUUGAAGAUCGUUUGAAUGAGCGAGUUGAUCAGUGGUCAGAGUAUGAGAUGAAAACUCGGCCUUGGGCCAAAAGAGCUGGUGGACUGGUAGACAGCACUAGUAUAUCAGUGAGAGCAAAGCACUUGAAAAAGCCACUCAGAAAACAGGUGUCCAUUUCAACUUUCUCAUCCUCCCUAACACCAAAAGUGUUUGAAGUCUUCUCUCUUCCUCCACUUAAUGAUUCUAGGUCAUACAUCAGAAAUUCUAUUUGCAAACUGAACAAGGCAUUUGAUACAAGUAAAGACUUACAUACACGUGCUACCUACCUUUAUCUGCGUGUGUGUUCUAUGCUGCUCAAGGAGACACUAUGCAAGCUCUGGAAGAUUUAUUGUCCAUACAGUCAGCAAACUCAUGGAUUUUGCCGACUGCCUGAGAUAGACCGUGAAGAUAUACUUCGGCGCAAAGGCUUGAAUCAUGUUCAGGAACUGACUCAAGGACAUGAGCCUAGAUCUCCAGGAUUUGUUGAGACUGCUCAAUACCUCAAAAUGACCUCAAACAUGUUGCAAUAUUCAGGUCUUGAGGAAUUUGUGGAGACGGUUUCUCUUCUGGCGAUGUCUAAUGAUUAUGACACUAUUCAGCGCUUGUUUCAUGCAUUAUGCAUGCCUAUGAGACCUACACAUGUAGACCACUACACAAUGGAAAUGCUGUACCAUGCAUAUGUGGAAAAUGAAAAGCAGUGUGAACAGCUAGUUGUACCAGAAGACUUUCUCAAAUCUGAGGAACUACUUCUACGUGUGUCAGCAUUAGUAAAAACUGAUUUUGGCAAUGGAAGGAUUGUUCUCACUGAUAAGAGAAUCUUUUUCCUAAAGGAUGGUACAAAUGCCUUCAGGGAAGUGGUCAAAGUAAGAAAUAUCACCAGUGUGGAAAAACAACAAGUAGAUUCACUGCUUUAUAGCGUGAAAACUCUUUUCAUUGGUUAUCCAAAGCGCUCAAGACUCUCUGAUGGUGACAAUGGCAAGCUAGGGGGAUUCACUGCAGUACUCAAAGAGGAGCGCAACUGCUGGGCCAUGCUUGUAGAGGAAAUGAGAGCAGGAAGACUGGUUGCUGAGGCAACUAAAGAUGUCACAGCAGUCUCACAAGCAAUUCAGAAUGUCCUACUUGUGGAUGCAAUCAUACGCAGUGGGCAAGAUGAGAACACAACACAUCACAGAAACCUCACACAGGUAGCAGAAAGCAUGUGUUACUUCACGACCUUUGUUGCCGAAGGACACCAUAAAUUAUCUCAAGACACAAUGCUAGCACUGCAACAGCGAGUGGACCCAAACAUUGGACAAAGAGAACGCAAAACUGUAGAAGUUCUGUUGUACACACCUGGCUGCGAAUCAUUGCACGUAUCUCAAGGAAAUAUUCCUCCUCGUCUCUGGUGUGGAAUGGGGGAUGGAAAAGUCAAAGUGUUUGAUGCUACUAACUGGACCUUGGAAAAGACUUUUGUCCAAACGAAAAGCACUGUUACAUGUCUGGCUGCUGUAGGUGAUACACAGGUGUGGGCAGGUUCUCAAGGGAUCUUUAUCAUAGACACUGCCACCAUCAGCUGCAACAAGACUCUCACAGAUCACUUAGACUUAGUCUCUGAUAUUGCUAUAAGCAAGAGUGGACGCCAUGCCUACAGCUCGUGUGUGGGUGGUGUCCUCAUCAAAUGGGAAGUUCAGACCCUGACUGCCUUGUACACCUUUUCGCUAGGGGCAGACCGCGCCAUCCGAUCCCUCAGUCUGAAUGAGGAUAAUCAGCUUUGGUGUGGCACUUGGGAGAGCAUCCAUGUUGUGAGUGCAGAUGGGAAGUACUUGCAGUCAUUUGAAUAUCCCGCCACUGGUAAAUCCAAACAAGAACAGCUAGACUGUCUUCUUGUGGUGAAGGGAGAGAUUUGGGCUGGCUGUCGGCGCUCAGGACAAAUUGUUGUAUGGGACAAAAAAACAGCAAAAUAUAAAGAUACUAUCCAGGUCGAAUGCCGGGGUGUAAGCAUUAUGCUGUGUGUUGGAGACAAAAUUUGGGUGGGCACCAAGGAUGGGACCAUUUUUAUCUACAAACCUGAAAAUCGUGAGCUCUGGAAAAAAAUCAAGGCCCACGACGAUGCUAUUCGAGCCAUGUGCACGGCUGAAGAACGAUAUGUUAUAAGUGGAUCAGGCAGCAAGGAUGGCAAAGUGGCCAUAUGGUCUCCACUUGCGUACAGCAUGGAGCUAUCCAAUCCAAGCAUUCACGGGGAGUAGCAGGCCACUUCUGGAAAGUCUUAUGCAUGGGAUAAGUGUCAAGUUAAAAUGUCUCAAAUCGUGAAAAUGAACUAAAUUAUGAAGUUUACCUAGCUGGGGCAUUAUGCCAAUGAGCAGCAUUAUAUUCCUAUACUCAAAGCCAUCUGUAUUUAGGGAUGGAGACAAAAAGUAUUUCAUAUCAAAGUAUGUGUUCAUUAGUCAACUUUGACAUGAUAGGGCACAGGAUGCAGUUGUGGUUGUGAAGUUACAUAAACAGAAUUACUUACAUAAAUAGGGACACAGGAGAGGAGUGUGCAGAGCAACCAAAUUAUUACCUCAAAUGGAUUCCUUUGACUUUAAUCAAAACUGACUUUACUUAUUUUUAUAUGUGCAAACGUUUUCUCAGAAUUUUAUUAAUAGUCUUCCUCCUGUUCAUAUCAUGUCGUAAAAAAAAAGAAGAAUUUAUUUAUUCCUUGCUGUAUUAGAUUUGCUGGACAGAUUGUUUUUGUAUGUUAUUGUGUGACAAUAUAGGGUUGCCAAACUAUGUAAAAUGAAGACACAUUUUUUUGUAACAUUUGGCAUUUGUUUACAGGGUCAUUAGGGUGAGGUUUACGAUUUCUUUUCAUUAAACCCUUUACCCCUCCCACAUAGUGUAUAGCCAUCAUUUGCUGGAAAUGUUUUCUUAUUAAAUAACCCAAACAAGAACAGCAACCAUUGAUGUUGUGUGCUCAUGGGAACUGUGAUGAUUAUCCAAUUAUUAACUAGACUGGAUGCAGUGUGGAUGUUCAUAAACAUCAGUUUAGUAAAUCUGCAUGUUGGAAAUACAAUGUAGCUUGUAUUGUAUGCUGUUUGUGCAGGCUUAUAUUCUGCAUUCUGUGACUGCAUUUUGUCUUUUGACUAGUCUGCCUACUCUGCAUUCAUGAAACUCUCAACCCUUAUUGUUUGUUACCCACUUCCUCUAUACAUCUUCUAUGUUGUGCCUGUUAUUAUUUAUCGAUUCUGCCUUACCAGCAUGCUCUUUCAUGAGCAUGAGCAUGCAUUUAUUAUUAGCUAGUUUAUGAUUGUGUGGAUCUCCAUAAUUGUGCCAGUGAUGUUUUCAGUAGUCAUCUACACGUUUGGACAAUUCUUUUUAUUCCUUUAAAAAAUAGGAAGCCUGACAGUGAUAUGCUGUUGACUCCAUGAUGGCUCAAUGGAUAGCGAUGCCAGUAAUAUUAAUAGUUCCACCGCUGAAGUGUGUCUAAUAUUCAUACUGAUGUUGGCAGUAUUUGUUACUAAGAUAUUGUGAUGGUUGUGAACUUGUUAAAUUUCUAUGAGUUUUUGAUCAUGGCAGCAGCAAAAUUUGUAUCCUUGCAGAUCAUUUCAAAUAAGUUUAAUGUUUCGUUCGAUUUAUUUAUAUUACCAUUUCAGGCUUUCAUACAUUCCAGUAAAGUGUCUUUAGUAAACAUGGUUUCAUAUACAUUUCUGUGAAUUUGACAAAUCUUACCUGAGAAUGAUACCCUUUUGUUCUUUCUUGUUGAAGAGUUAGUAAAUCCAAGCAGUGAAAUUGUGUUGUUUAUAGGUAAGAUAUUUCCGAAUGUUACUUUUUAAGUUAAACUUAUGCAUGAUUUUUAGGGCUGUGCUUAUUUUAUUGCAUUGGUAUAAUAAACAGGCUCUGUUGAUUGUC